CGUCGACGGUGGACAUGUGCCCGAGCGCGCUGGACGCGGCGACGUCGAGGCCGGUGGCGCUCGCGGUGGCGCUCGGACGCGCGGGACUCGGCGACGCGGAGCGACGCGUCGCCGCGGCGGACGCGGUGCGCGCGGUCGAGGUCGUCGCCGCGAGCGCGAGGUGUGAGGCGCAUUCGGCUCGGCGGGAAGCGUCGAGGGAGCGCGAACGACGUCGGGAGAUCGCGGACGAGCUCUCGAGGGCGACGCGCGCGCGCGUUCGCGCGGAAACGGCGACGCGGGCGCUGCGAUGCGAGUUGGAGUGUCAACGCGCGGCGGGCGCGGGCGCGGGCGCGCGUCUCGACGUUCAAGGGGGCAUGGCUGAUGGCGCGGACGACGCCGCGAACGAUGAAGGGAACCAAAUGUCAUCGGGCGCUGUUUCCGUAGAGGACGAAGACGAACUCGAAGACGGGUCGUCGCCGUCGUCGCCGUCGCCGUCGUCGCCGUCGUCGUCGUCGCCGUCGCUCGCAGCGCCGGCGAUAACGCUCGCGGCGUUUACGAUUGAUGACGAGCGCGUCGGCGGUGAGCGCGCGAGCCAUAACGGGCGCGACCGGCGCGUGCGUGUUCCCGAGGUGAACUCGGCGCAUUGGCGACACUUUGCCGCCGCCGAGAGCGAACUGGACGCGUCGACGACGCACCGAAUCGCGACGCUGAUAUCCAUGGAGUUGGCAAAAGCGAGCGUCGUAGAGGACGGUGAAGACGCGUCUAAACGCAUUCGCGAGUUCUUUUACAAGCAUCACGGCUCACGAUCUCUCGGUGAGAUUCAUCACAAGAUGUUUGCGCGCGGAUUGCACGCGCAGUCAAACGCCGGAAGCGCGUGGGCGCAAACCUUCUCACGUUUGCGCGAAAUGGAUCAAGUCGAGAUCGACUUCGCGCUCCGAUCGAUACGAUUCACGCAGUUCGUGAUCGUGGAAUCGACGGCGUCGUGUGAGCCCGUUCUCGGCGUCGAUGAGGCCGUUCGCGCGUUCGCUUUCACGCUCGCGCCAGUGAUCGGCGACGCGCAGCCGCCGGCAUCCGAACUCGAAAGCCUUCGUCGAAGCUCGACGCACAGCGACGGGAUUUCAUUAAUACCGCUCGCGCAAGUGAUUGAGCACGUUGUGGCGGUGGUCACGCGCGCGCGCGACGCCGCGCGUAAGUCGUUCCGAGAUACUUUUGCCGAGCGACAUCCACACGGAUUACUGUCGCACCAUUCCGCAAUCGUGUCUGCGCUCGCGGAGAGUCUUCGCAAGGCUGGUCCGUUCGCUCAAUCACUCAUCGGCUCUGCUGAAGAAUUGAGCGCGACGCUCGACCGCGCCGCUGUGGAAAUUGCGCGAGGCGACGCGUCCUUCGUCACUCGCGAGCGCUUCGCCGAAGUCGCGUGGCGCGAGAUGGAGCGACAUCGCUCCCAUCCAAUCACAUCGGCGCCGUUGCGUCCGAGCAAAGGAAAACCGACGUCAAACGCGCUGCCCAUCGAAACCACGACGUCUUUCGCCGUGGUCACGUGCGCCUGGUCCUCCGUCGCCGUCGUUCUCGAUCGAUGGCUCUCCGAGCGACCCGUUGACGGCGAGCGCCCGCACUCGAUGAGCCCGCAUCCGACCCCAUCCAUCCCGUUCGCCCAAUCCACCGACGCCGACAAGCGACGAAUCGUCCGUCGUCACGUCGAGCGCGUGUCGAAACUCCGUCGAACCGCCGAGUACGCUGUGCGCGCGGCGAGCGCGCGACUCAAAUCCCGCCGUCCCGAUGCGCACGACGACGUCACCCGCGCCUGGCGCACGUACGCCGCGUGCGCGUGCGCCUUCGACGCCGCCGUCGUCGCGCACGCGAGAGCGCUCGGGGCGUGA